CUGUUGUAGGGGGCGGGCGGUGUGCGCCCCGAGGGCCGGGAAGGGCCGGCUAGGUUAGGUCGUGUGUACUCGUGGGUCGUGGGCCGCGGGCGCGCGCUCCAGCCUCCCCCUCCCGCCCCCCGGACCCCGGCGCGUCCGGAAGAGGAAGCCCUGGACCGCGGCUCGCGCGCCCCCCCAGCUCUCCCCGCGCCGUGGUUGGCCCCGCCGACGGCCGGCGCUGAUUGGCUGCCGCCGGGGAGGGGGCGUGGCGGUGGCGGCCGCUCGACCUUCGCGGGUCUCUCAGCCUUUCCCGCCAUGUCGUUCGUGGAGAGUGCGAGGUCCGCGGCCGCGCGGAGGCGCCGCCAGGUCACCCCAGGUCCUGGGACGCGGCCCGCGCGUUCCGGCUUCACGCCGGGGGAUAGCCGGGGUGAGGGCGAAGUCGACGAGGACGAGGGAUGCGACCGAGUGGCCCGCGACCUGCGGGCGGAGUUCUCGGCCGGGGCGUGGUCGGAGCUCCGGAGAGUCCCGCUGUGCCCGCGGGUCGGGGACGGGUCGCCGGUCCUGCGGGAGAAGCGCAACGGCCUCUUCCCGGCCCCCGCGGCCAGCCGGACCCAGGCUCGGCGGUGGCCCAUCCAGGUCCUUUCCAUCCUCUGUUCGCUGCUGUUCGCCGCCCUCCUUGCUUUCCUCCUCGCCAUCGCCUACCUGGUCGUUAAAGAGUUGCAUGCAGAAAAUUUGAAAAAUGAAGAUGAUAUACAUACUGGGCUAUUAGGAUUCUGGUCUCUGCUGAUAAUAUCUCUGACUGCUGGAUUCUCCUGUUGCAGCUUUUCUUGGACAGUGACUUACUUUGAUUCUUUUGAACCAGGAAUGUUUCCGCCUACUCCUCUUUCACCUGCUAGGUUCAAGAAACUGACUGGACAUUCUUUCCACAUGGGCUAUAGCAUGGCAAUUUUGAAUGGUGUUGUAGCUGCUCUUACUGUGGCAUGGUGCCUCAUGUAAACCCACAGCAGAGCAAUACUGUUGGUGAAAGUCAUGAUUGUUUUGUAAUAACAGAAACAAAUAUUGCCUACUCAGAAGACUGAAAUGUGAUUCAGAUACAAACCAUCAUCAUUAUUGAAGACCUUACAGAGCGUCAUUUCAGAAAUUAGGCAUUGGGACUAUCUGAGUACUUUCAAACACUUUCUUAAAAGUAUAAGAUAUUUACCUCAUCUUUUUACUUUUGUUUAUGUAGUUUUUAUCAGUUACAGAAAGUAUUUUAAUGGAAAUCAAAUUUGGAAACUUGAAUACAAGACAACGCCUAUCUUUCUAUGUAUACUCCAUUUUUUUGCUAACAUGUUGCUAUUACUGGUUGAGAUAAAAAUAUUUCAUAUUUAUAGAUUACAUUAACAAAAGAAUGCUGAGGUCGAGUGUGGUAGCAAAAACCUUCAAGCCCAGCUAUAGAACCAGGUUCUGCGGGUUAGAGGUCAGCCUAUAGCUUGCACAAUGAGACCGUUUCAAGAAAAAGAAGAAAAAAAUCAUGCCUAUUCUUUGAUAUUUUAUAGACACUACAUAAAUCAGAGGUUUUGAUAAUCAGUAUAACGCAAAUGGUGCAUUUAUAUUUUUGUGGAGUGUACCUAGGGGUUUUAUAUAUUUUUAUAGUAAUGAAUUUGUUUUUAAAAUGAUUGCAUUUAUACCUAUAUGACUGUAAAUUUUAUUUCUUAGCUGAUGUAAAUCUGCCCUUUAGUAAGUAUUUUGUCUUUUUUAAAAAGGCGUGAAAGUACAUUGACUUGAGUUUAAGUAAAUUUAUUUUUUAACAGAAAGAUAAUGAAAAUUCAGGGAAAACUAUUUGUCAUUAUAAUGUUAAGAAAUUGGAGAUUGUUAACCAUUUUUAUUUACUACAAUUUAAAAUAUUUAUUUUGAUGUAUGUAUUAGGGUACCAAAACUUGUACUGUUUUGUUUUUAGUAAAUGAAAACC